UCGGAUUGUGCGCGAGGCUGCUAGCGGCUGUUAGCGUAAGCAGUUACAUACACACACACAUACACACAAAGUGGGAGUCACACAUUUUCAUACAUACACACAUACGCUCACUUACGAAUGUAACAGUAAAAGACACUAGAGAUAAACAAUGCCUGAAAAGGGAGUCACUGCUUCUUAACCCGAUGGAUUGGAGAGGUUGCUGGCUGGCUCAUUUUGGACGUUUUGACAAUUAUUUACACAAUGCUCAGCUUGAUUUCAGGCUGAUUUGAAGGAGAUAACCAAUUUCACCCGCUUUGGUCAGAUGGCUGCAUUUAUUUGUUAAUCAUAACGCCAGAGGAUUGCCUCCAUUUCUGGGCUGUCAUCGCCUUUGUGGUACACAUUACUGCUGCUAUUGUUACUUGUAACAAGCAAAAGAAAUCUUUCAGCUGCAGCCCAAUAUCGGGGGAGGACGUUUCGUAAUGAUAUAAAACAGAAAGGAAGGAAGGAUUUUUUUAAGCCGUGGUGCGCUGUACUGCCGUUUUCCUGAUGGUGGACCGACAAUACUUUUUGGUUUGUUGGAGGAAUUAGAACAUUUCCAUGUAAGAUUAAAACAUUUGUUGGCGCGAGAAGACGUUUGUGUUUGUAUCAAACGCGGGUGGCUGACCGUAAGAGACAGGUAUUUUUGAACGUUGCUGGUCUGCAGACUGGUGUUAUUUGCAAAGUGAAAGAAGGAUUUAACAUUCCUCCUCUCCGUUGCCUGUUGUGUAGUAGGCAAGCAGCGAUACACUGCACGGCGGCGGUAAGAAAACAAUUCUAUAAAUAGCUCCUGCAAUUCUCGAAAACUAUCACAACUGGUGCACAAGCUUGUUGGUCUGGCGGGAUAUAUUUUGCAUUCUUCGUUACCAGUUAUUGAGAAAUUUGUCGCAGACACUUGCAUGCUGUUUAUUGUUCAAGGAAGGCACAGCGAAAUAAACGUGACAGCCACGACUGGAUCAUCUUGAAAUAAGUUACUGGAUUCUGUAAACGUUUAUAUUUGCUAAUUUUCAUGGAUUUUAUCACUGGGAUACAUCUGAAUUGGUCAACUUCUUAUGGAUUAUGUUGUUACUUGAUCGUUGAACUAUCGACAGAAAGACUGGAAUGGACACGGAUUGCAGUUUCUCCCCACCAGGAUUAAAACCACGGAUACAUAUUUUACAUCUGAAAAUGAUUAGGUUUGGACCGCCUGACCUGGAUUGUGUGAUUUCUCUAAUCUGCGAACAUACUUGGAUUUACCAAACAAACUAUUAGUCUGUUCUUGGAAUAUAUUUGGAGAGGGCGAUAUUUUGUUUCUUUUAGACCCUCAUUACGCGCCCAUCCAGAUACAUUUUUGUGAUAUCUUUAUGCCAGUUGAUACAUUUUGCCGAAGAGGGUGAGCCGUUGAGCUGGCGGGUGGCUCUGUGUACUGAGGCGGUGGCGUGGCUUACUCGUGAGGGAACCGAUUUGCCACCCCUUGCUCGGUGUUGAUACCGAUCACGGAUUUCGACAUGCCCUGCACUGACGACCCCAUCGGCGGAAGAUUAUGACUACAGCAGCGAACUGGGUGGCUAACGGGGCAAGCCUUGAAGACUGCCAUUCCAACAUUUUCUCCCUGGCGGAACUGACCGGCAUCAAAUGGCGGUGCUACCACUUCCGCAGCGGCGGCGAGUACGGCCCGGUGAUCUCGGCGCCGGCGCCGGACGACCCGGUGCUGCGCAGCUACACACGCUGCGUUCGGGCCAACCUGCUGUGCGUCUGGCGCCGCAAGGUCAAGCCGGACGCCAAAGAACUCUGGAUCUUCUGGUGGGGGGAGGAGCCUAACCUCAAUGACGUCAUCCACCACGAGCUGGAAGUUGCCGAGGAGGGCCUGUGGGAGUGUGGACUCUCCUACGAGUGUCGGACGCUCCUCUUCAAAGCCAUUCACAACCUGCUGGAGAGGUGUCUGUUGGACAAGGACUUUGUACGCAUCGGGAAAUGGUUUGUCAAGCCCCAUGAACUGGAGGAGAAACCCCUGGCCAGCAGCGAGCACCUGUCGUGUGCGUUCUCAUUUUUCCUGCAUGGCGAGAGUAACGUCUGCACCAGUGUGGAGGUGGCCCAGCACCAACCAGCCUACCACAUCACUGACCAGCACAUCCACCUGGCUCAGACCUCCUCAUGUCCUGUGCAAGUGAUCCUGAGCCCAUAUGGGCUGUGCGGUACUCUGACGGGCCAGACGUAUAAGAUGGGUGAGCCGGCGGUGAGGAAGCUGAUGGAGGAGUGGAGCCAUUUCUACCCCACCGUGCUGCGCCGGCCCCAGCCGGAGGGCGCUGAGGAGGGCACCGAGCUGCCCUUCGACCCCCACAGCCACGCCGCCGUGGAGGUCAUCGUAGGUGGAGUGAGGAUGAUUUACCCAGCAUCCUUUGUGCUGAUCGCCCAGAGUGACCUGCCGGCGGAGCAGCCGCCCUCAGCCCCCGGCAGCCAGGGGGGGUCCAGAGACCCAUCAGGCUGCGGCAUCCCACUCACUCCCCCCACCUCGCCGGAACAACCCUGCUCAGGCGAUAGUGGCUUCCAGACAGCGGUGUCCAGCGUGAGCAGCCAGGAGGGCUGCAUAUCCCUCAGUCCAAAGCAUUCUGGGAAAAAACUGACCAAUCAGAUGGUUCACCAGGCCUGGAAGGAGUGCUACUUGAACCAGCUGCAGCUGAAGGCCGGUCUGUCUGGCGGCGGUGGCGCAGUGGCCUCGGUGCCAUCGGUGGCGGGGGCGGCAUCGAUGGCGGGGGCGAAGGACGCGCCAGGAGGGGUGGCAUCGGUGCCCACGUGGGACUUCACCAGCCCUGCAGAGAGAGUCGCCUGUAGCUGCUCCAGGUUAAAGCAGCAGAAGCAGCAGCAGUCCAGCUCAGCAUCUGCCAACGCAGUACCCGGUGCCAACGCCCUCCCCUCCUCCUCCACCUCCUCCUCUUCCUCCUCCUCCUCCUCCUCAUCUUCCUCCUCUUCCGCAAUCACCUCCUCCUCUUCCUCCUCGUCCUCCUCCUCGUCCUCCUCCUCCACUCCGUCCUCCUGCUCCCUGCCGAGCCUUCCCCCGCCCGCACCUCCUCCCAAACACAAGGCGGCAGACAAGCCCGAGAAGGCGGACAAGCAGUCCAAGCGGCCCGCCGUCACGCCCUUCCACCACCGCGCCUGCGCCAGCCAGGAGGCCCCCUGCCCCGAGCACGAGGCCCAGCAAGGAGGCGGCGUGCUGGGCUUGGUGCCGCUGGAGCCGCCCCUGGAAGCCAUGCCCCCGGAGUGCAAGUACCCUCCCAAGCCCCUGUCGUCGUCCUCUGCCAUGCAGAAGGCGGCGCUAGCCGAGUCCCUGAUGCACUCCCCGGUCUCCCCCUUGCCCCCCACCCUCAGCCCCCACCCGCGGGGGCAGCAGGACCCCGAGGCCCUGGACGUGCCCUCCAACAUGCCGCCGCAGUGCCACGAGGUGGGGCACCUGGGUGGUCAUGGAGAGGGCAUGGAGGUGAGCGAGACGGGGCUGUACGUGUCCCCGCUGAGCUCCAGGGAAGUGAGGGGAGGUGGGGUCUGGUGGAGGGGCUACAAGACGCCCUGCCUGGAGAGGAGCGAGUUCAGGCCGCCGGAGCUGCCCUGCCCCGAGAGGGUGGAGAGCAAGACGGAUGCGGCGUCGGAAGGGGUGGCACUGAAGAGGUUGUUUACUCAGCCCCAGAAGCGUUUCAAGGUGUGUGAAGAGCGUGUAAAGGAACAUGUGAGCACGCUGGGCCUGCUACACCAUCCCAGCGUAGAGACGCUUGGCGACCCCGCCGAUGACCCCUACGACUUCAAGGAGGGCGACAUCGAGUACACCUUCCCCACCACCAAGAGGCUCAAGGGUCAAGGUCGCGACCCCGGCCGCAAAAGCAAGGGAGAGGAGAUGAACGGUAACGGAGCAGUGCCUGAUGGGAAGGAUGCCAUGUCCAUCUUCAGCAGUGCUCCCAAAUCAGACGAGUCGGCCCAAGACGACGCGGCGGCGAAGGCCAACGCUCCGCUCACCAGGGAGACGGACCUGGUGGUGCUCUAUUCCGACCUGGAGAACAUCUUCGACGAGGAGGACGACGAGCACGGGGCCACUCACCACAGCCAGCACUCGUCGAGGGCCGCGGUGCCGGGCUCGGAGGACCGCCCCCUGGGGAAAGAAGGAAGAGUCGCAGUGCCCUACCCUUCAACAGUAGCAGACCUCCAGCGCAUGUUCCCCACGCCGCCCUCGCUGGAGCAGCACCCGGCCUUCUCGCCCAUCAUGAGCUACCGGGACAUCCCCAGCCAGGAGCCGCCGCCGCCCUCCACCGCCCUGGACCACCCGCUGGGGGGCGUGCUGGGCGCCUCCACGCAGCUGCCCGACUUCCGCAUGGAGGUGGAGGAGUGUCCCGCCAGCCCACGCCCCGAGGAACUACGGGACUUCUCGUAUGUGUACCGUGCCCCCCCUAUCCAGCCAGUGGUGGGCUGCUCCAUGUUCGCCCCGCUGCGCUCCCUCCCCAGCCAGUGCCUGCCCCCACUCAAGCUGCCCGACAGCUGCUACUACCGGCCGUCCUGGACCCUGCUGCCCAAGAUGGAGCACUACAGCCUCCACGGCACCGGCGCACCCUUCCUCCGGGACGGAUAUGCUAACGUGCCGAGUGUGAACACCAUGCUGGAGCAGGACUACGGCCAGAUGAGCGUGGUGAGCGCCGCCUCCGUGGGCACGACCGGCGGAGGGAUACAACCCUCCCCUUCGCCCGCCACGCCCCGCUUCUCCGUGCCCACCCCCCGCACCCCCAGAACCCCGCGCGGAGGCCUGGGCAACGCCAGCGGCCAGGGCUCCGUCAAACAGGAGGGGGUGCCCACGGGAGGGGGCACGGAACUCAGCUCGCCGGCCUCCACGCCAGCCUCCGCCAGCCUGCCCCUCAGCUCCAUGGGCAGUGCCAGCGGCGGGCACGGCGGCCACCGAGGCUCCCUAUUGGCCCUGCUGCCCGAGGCCCACAGCCUGUUCUCCACGCUGCUGCUCUCCGACUCGGUGCUGGACAUCUUCAAGGACCGCAACUUCGACAGCUGCUGCAUCUGCGCGUGCAACAUGAACGUGAAGGGCGCCGACGUGGGCGUGUACAUCCCCGACUCCACCUGCGAGGACCAGUACCGCUGCAUGUGCGGCUUCAGCGCCAUCGCCAACCGGCGCCUGGCGCACGGCACCGGCCUCUUCCUGGAGGACGAGCUGGACAUCUUCGGCCGCGGCUCGGAGGUCGGGCAGGCGUCCGAGCGGAGGCUGGCGCUGUGUCGGCGCGAGCUGCCCAUCGGCGAACCCGCCAACGCCGCUGCCACCGUAUCCGUAGGGAAGAGUGGCAAGCGCUCCUCAGGGGCUCCCUCCGGUGGCGGCUCCGCGUCAUCGUCCUCGUCCUCAUCCACGCCGUCGUUGAGUGCGGUGAUGGUGCAGCUGCAGCACCAGUGCUCCCAGCCCAUGGCCUCGCUCUCCUCGCUGCAUCUGGCGCCCGCCUGCUCCUGCCACGGCCGCAAGGGGGCGCUGCUGCAGAGCUGGGCGGCCGACCGGCUUUGGGCGGACGGGAGCGACGCGUGCGUGGAGUGCUACAACGCGCUGGUGCAGGGCCAGCAGUACGUGGACAACCCGGCCGGCGGGAAGGUGGACCAGGCUAUCGUGCGGAGCAGCGCCCUGCACCACUGGCCACACUCCUCUGUGUUGGACAUCAGCUCGCUGUCGUCCCAGGACGUGGUGCGGAUGCUGCUAUCCCUGCAGCCCUUCCUGCAGGACGCCAUCCAGAAGAAGCGCUCGGGCCGCACCUGGGACAACAUCCAGCACGUGCAGGGCCCGCUCACCUGGCAGCAGUUCCACAAGAUGGCCGGACGCGGCUCCUACGGUUCGGAGGAGUCCCCAGAGCCGCUGCCCAUCCCGACGCUGUUGCUAGGCUACGACAAGGACUUCCUGGCGCUGUCUCCGCUGGCGCUGCCGUUCUGGGAGAAGCUGCUCCUGGAGCCGUACGGGGGCCACAGGGACGUGGCCUUCCUGGUGCUCUGCCCCAACAGCACCGCCCUGCUGGACGGAGCACGCACCUUCUUCCAGGAGCUCAGCGCUGUAUACGAGACGUGUCGUCUGGGUAAGCAUCGUCCGCUGGCGAAGGUGUCCCGCGAUGGAGUGGUGCUUGUUGGAGAGAAGCGGGAUGCUGAUGGUGCAGGGGUCAAAUCGGAAGAGGCGGAGCCUACAGAAGAGGAGGAGGGGCUAGUGGAGCAGUGGUUCACGGGGCACUGGAGCGGACAGCAGCAGGACGACAACAUGCGCAAACUCAAACUCUACGCACACACAUGCUGCCAAACACUCGCUCCCCAGCUCUCUGGCCUUUCAAUAGACUCCAGCCUCCUGAUACCUCCCAAAGCCCAGCCAGCCCCCACGCAACCAGCCUCCUCCUCCUCCUCCUCCUCCUCCUCCUCCUCCUCCAGCCAGACUGCUCCAGGCUCUGGAGCUGCAGAGGGGGAGAGCGGGGCGACUGCAUCCAGCACAGGUGGCUCGUCGCUGGGCUCAGGCCCAGGACAGCAGGCUAGCGGAGAGGUGGGCCAGGGUGGCAGUGCGGAGGCCAAGACGGGGGUGAACUCCAUGCCGGCACCAGCCCAGCCCACAGAGAGCAUAGAGAGCAUUGCGGAGCGGGAGCGCAUCGGCAUCCCCACGCUAGCGGACUCUGCCGACAGCCACGCCCACCCACCGUCCAUCGUGCUCUACGUGGUGGACCCCUUCCUGUGUGGAGGCGGGGCCAAGGCCGGGGCGGGCGGGCCCGGGGAGGGAGAAGGGGAGGAACAGGAAGCGGAGGCUAGCGGCAGUGUGUGGAUGCUAGCUCUGUUGCGAUGCUACACGGAGCUGCUUAGCUUGCUCCCCGAGAAAGUCAGACCGGCAAUCACGUUACAGGUGGUGCCGUGUCAGUACCUGCUGCAGCCGGCGAGUGGGGAGAGUCCGAGCUACCUGCAGCAGCUGCGUUCGCUGGCCUUCUCCACCUACUGCCAGUGCCGACGCCUGCUGCCAACGCAGACGCACAUCAAGUCUCUCACGGGGUUCGGACCCGCGUCCGCUGUAGACCUAACGCUUAAUAACACACAGGACCCCAGCCCACCCAUGCGGCUGUUCUCGCCCCCCUUCGUGCUGGGGGGCCCCACGCGUAGCAAGCAGCCAGAGCCGGGGGAGGCCUGGGCCGAGCCGUCUGCCCGCUACAACGUGCUCUUCGUGGGCUACUGCCUGUCGCACGACCAGCGCUGGAUCCUGGUCUCCUGCACUGACCAGCAGGGGGAGCUACUGGAGACCUGCGUCAUCAAUAUAGACGUGCCCAACAGGUCCCGGCGGCCAAAGUUCUCCCCGAGGAAGAAGGGUCUGGAGAAGCUGUGGGAGUGGUGCAUCGGCAUCAUCCAGAUGACAUCAAUGCCCUGGAGGAUCGUGAUUGGUCGGUUGGGUCGACUGGGUCACGGGGAACUGAAAGACUGGAGUUCGUACCUGGGCGAGCACUCUCUGCACUGUGUGAGCCGUCAGCUGCGGGAGGCGUGCCGCAUGUGUGGCAUCUCGGCCAGCGACUCUCCCAGCAUCCUCAGCGCCUGCCUCGUCUCCAUGGAGCCCCAAGGAUCCUUUGUCGUCAUGCCUGAUGCGGUGACGAUGGGUUCGGUGUUUGGCCGCAGCACGGCUCUCAACCUGCAGACGUCUCAGCUCAACACCCCCCAGGACGCCUCCUGCACCCACAUCCUGGUCUUCCCCACCUCCGCCACCAUACAGGUGGCCCCCAGCUCCUACCCCACAGAGGACAACCCAGAUGACAUGUUCGGCCUGCCGUUCCCUGACGAGCUGGAGAAUGACAUCGGUCACGACAUGAUGUUGAUCACGGGUAACCUGCACCCCUCGCCCACCUCCUCCCCCGUGCCCUCCCCAGGCUCCCCCUCCGGCAUGGGCAUCGGCUCCCAUUUCCAGGUCCCAAGGGGUCAGGGUGAGAGGCUGCUGUCGCGUGAGUCUCCUCCUGAGGAGUUGAAGCAGCAGCCGCUGGCUCUGGGCUACUACGUCUCCACUGCGCGCGCCGACGGCCUGCCACACUGCUUCUGGGCAUCAUGCCCACAGGCACAGAACCAGUGCCCCCUCUUCCUCAAGGCGUCUCUCCACCACCACAUCUCGGUGGCCCAGUCAGAUGAGCUGACCUCCAGCAAGAGCUCCCAGAGGACGCCCCACCCCCUCGACUCAAAGACCACCUCAGACGUGCUCAGGUUUGUGUUGGAGCAGUACAACGCCCUCUCCUGGCUGACGUGCAACCCUGCAACACAGGACCGCCGCUCCUGCCUUCCCGUCCACCUGACCGUCCUCACUCAGAUGUACAACGCCAUCUUCAACAUGCUCUAGACACACACACACACACACACACACACACACACACACACACACACACACACACACACACACACACACACACACACACACACACACACACACACACACACACACACACACACAACUGGGCGUUAACAUCAUCCUUCCACAGUGGCCGCACUGAAGACGCGCAUGACCAGCUCUUCUUCCUCUGUCCUGGAGAUCUACUUCCUGUUUCCUGUGCAGGGGGGGGGGGGGUUAGCAUUAGCAGCAGCCAUAUUUCUUCAUACCUGCUCACGGAAGCAACGAAUUACAUAGCAUGACAGUGGGGUCUUCAUUGUAGCUUUUAGGCUACAUGCACACACACACCUGUGUGUGUUUCCGACCAGUCCUAACCCUCCCCUGCCCUGUCUUCACUACCCUUUAAAAAUAACCACUACAGUAGUACUUACUAUGCCAAUCAGUGUGGACCCAGGAGGACACAAAGGUCAAAAGGUGACAGGGCAGAGGUCAUGUUUGUCUGUGCGUCGAAAGGAAGAGCUGCACCCAUUUCUAUGAAGAAACUAAUACCUAGAGCAGCACUCAUCGCUAUGGAGAAGCCAAUGACUGGAACGGGCUAAUGAGACUUAGCAUCACGAGACUUAACAUCACCGCAGUGUAUCAUCAUCAUCAUUAAAACAACAACGAACUCCUUUUGGCAAGAUGGCCGCCACAUUCUGUCAGUCAGUGUGUGACUGGUUGUAGGCAUCUCUGUCAUUAGCAUGCCUUCUAUGAGGGGCACAAUCACACACACACACACACAUACACACGCGCGCGCGCACACACACACACACACACACACACACACACACACACACACACACACACACACACACACACACACACACACACACACACACACACACACACACACACACACACACACACACACACCAGAAAGAGAUGUCAAUCAUGGUUUGUUUUUAUUUUGUAAGGGUGUAAGUCACUGUACAGAUUGUUCUUAGUGUGGGGCAUUUGUUUUAUUCCUCAAUCAAAAACAAAGGGAGAAAUAAUUAUGGAAGCCCAUUUUUUUCACAAAAGGCAUUCAAUACGGGCACUUUUAUCGCUACGAUUUUUAAGAAGUGACAACUUUAUAGUUGUAGAUAUAAUUACAUUGAGAGGUAUUUGAAAACAUAAAUUGUGAGAAAAGCUAAAUUUAAAAAAAAUGUUUAUAGUGUAAAAUUGAAAUUUGCAGAAAUAAAUAACGCUAUUUUUUAAUAAUGAAAGUGGGGGAAAAAAUAAAUAAAAAAGAAUUUUCCAAAUUUAAUACAAUCGCCUUGAUCAGAAAUGUUGACUAAAGACAGAGUUGCUUACAUUGUUGAGAUGCCAUAUUUAUAUAUACAUGCAUAUAAAAUAUAUCUAACUGUACAAAUAAACAUAUUAUAUAUUAUAGCUCUUGGAAACAGCCACAGAAAGGGUGAAGGUGGACAUUUUCCCAGAGCUUUCUUAAGAGGCAAAUACAGUAUAAAUACUUUUAUCAAAAGGCAAUGCAUUUCAGUUGGCUUUAUUAUCAUUUUCUUCUGAGUUUUCAUUUUCUUGUUUCAAAUACGAAAUGUUUAACCAUUUUUUUUAUUUAAUGAGUUAAGUUAAAGAACUAAACCUAGCAGGGAGGAUAUAUUUAUGAAGUAUUUUGUGUUCUCCUGCAAAAUAAACUUGAAAUAGGCAAUAGAUUUUAAAGAAUUGUGUGUAUUUGCGCAUUAAAAGUAUUGUAUAUUUAACUAAUAUGCAUUUUACCGUCAGAGGCGGCUCAUGAACCAUGUGGAGCAGAUCGUCACUUAUGGCCUGUUUGUUUAUUUUGUUUGUUUGUUUGUUUGUUUUUUUGCUUUUUAUUUGAUUUGGUCUUUGCUUCUCCUCUGCUGCCUUUACCGAUGCAAUCUGAUCAUUUGUACAAUUCCUUGCAUGUUUGUAUAUACACUUUUAAGCAUUCUUUUUUAUUUUUUAUUUUGGAAGAAAAAUCUAAAAAAGCUGUAUAUUUCAUUCCAAGUUUCUGAUUUGAUUUGAUAUUCUGUGAGACUCCUAUGAAGUAUUUUAUUUUAUUUUUUUGCUGUGCUUUUUUCUUUUUUUUUUACACAUAAACAUACACAAAUAUGAUAUCAGCCUCACAACCGUAUACAGCCAAGAGGGAGCAUUGCCAAGAAUUGUACACUUCAAGUGCAGAAAUGUGCAAACUUUGCAAAACUUUGUUAUUACAUCUGCCAUCAUUUUGAAUAUCAAUCAGAUCUAACUUGGGGUAGAGAUCUGUAUCUUUUACACUCUUUUUUAGUAAAUUAUU